AUGUUUGAUGGGUUGUUUUGUAUUUCUUUUUCCUCGAGAGAAUUUGAGUAUAGUGAACAUGAUUGUUAUCGUAUAGGAGAUAAUUUGUAUCUAUGGAACCCGAUAUGUAGAAAAUCUAAAAGGCUUCCGGGACUUGAACUCUCGACCUCUGGUGUGAGCUUUGGGCAAUAUGGUGGUGUGAGCUUUGGGUAUUAUGGUGGUGAUUAUAAAGUGAUAGUAAUUUCUUCGUGUACUGGUUGUAAAUAUUUUGUUUCCAUUUACAGCUUAAGUAGUCAUUGUUGGAACGUUAUUCGUACUAAUUGUUAUUAUCAAGAGGUUAGUGAUUUUACUAUUCACCAUCCUACCAGGUUUGUAUAUGGUACUGCAUAUAUGAUAACAGCUAUGCGAAGGACAGCAUUUUCAUAUCUACCGCUGAUGGUAUGGUUUGAUUUACGCGAUGAGACUAUCCAACAGUUGAAGUGUCCGGAAGAAUUUGUUCAUUAUGGUUCUUGCUAUACCAUUGAAGCGUAUGGAGAAUCAAUUGCUGUUUUCGGAUGUGGUAUUAGAGAGGAUCAUGAGCGGUAUCUUGACAUGUGGACAUUUUUAAGAGACAAGGACUCAUCCAAAUCAAGCUGGGAAAAGAAGCUGGUUAUUAAGAUGAAAAAUGGGUUGUAUACUAAUUUUCCAUUAGGCUUCAGGCUUCUUAGACAAUGGUAA